AAAACUUGUAUUUCCCCAAGUUUCUGGCACCGUCACAUAAAAUAAAUGAAGUAUCACAGGCUAAUAUUUUUCCUUCCAUUAUGGAUGACUUUUUUUUGCGAUACUAGCGCAUCCAAUACUUGCAAAAAACUAUUGGCCGAGCUGGCGGACGCGCAAAUGUGGUUUGUUUCGUGCAACACCAAUCAUGCCGUGCCUGUGGAACCAGUGUGUGAGCGACUAUGCUUUGGAUGCAAGGAUAAGUACACAGAGAUGGACAACAAGUACAAUAACCUCUUAAAGGUCGAAAAUUGCACCCAAAUGUACGUUGACAUUGAUCGACUCAACAUUGUGCUCACCACGCAGAACACACUUAAGGGCCUUUGGGAGCGGGCAUUUUGCGAAGAUUGCUUCAGAGGGAACAACUCAGAGACGCUGAGCCUUAUGUAUGCGAAUGUGAAUAGCUGCUUGGACACACCGCAUCGCAAGGAUAUUUGCGCCGAGUGUAGCGAGGACUAUACAACAAUGAACAACUUUUAUAAGAACUUGGAUGUACAGAAUAAUGGAAAAAUUUGCUUUGACAUGCAGGACAUGAUGAACCGCACACGAGUGCGGUGGUCUAGAGAUCUAAAGUGCUGCAAGCGUGAAGUAAAAAUGACAUUGUUUAUCAUCUGCACUAUUGUCUUGGCGGUAGUACCCUUUCUACUCUUUUACGGCACGGCAUUUGUGCUUACCAAGAGACGCGAAAGAAACCAUGACAUGCUUAAUGACCGGGAGCCCGGCGUGGACGAAACUACUACUGAAUCCACAGCACAACUCAUUACUGCCGCUGUACUGUCCACACCCAUAGAGCCGCAAACUGUGUAUAAUGAUAAAACUGAAAAAAUUGCAAAGUUGAUAGCGGUUAAAACUGAUACAACUGACAGCAUUGAUGAUGAGGAACGCAUUGUGAAGCCAAAGACGAACUGAGUAUUGGAAUAUCAACUUAUUACUAAAUCAAUGAGUAUAUAAUUAAUCUAGAGAUUCCUUUAUUAUAUACUAGUAUAGACUUCAA